AUCAGUGAAGUGCCAGGUACGACCCCUUCGAUCCACGUGUGGGACGCGAUGAGCAAACAGACGCUGUCCAUCCUGCGCUGUCCGCACACUAAAGGCGUCGGCUACGUGAACUUCAGCGCCACGGGGAAGCUGCUGCUGUCCGUCGGGGUGGAGCCUGAACACACCAUCACCGUGUGGCGCUGGCAGGAAGGAUCCAAGGUGUGCAGUAAGGCCGGACACCCCGACCGGAUCUUCGUGGUGGAGUUUCGCCCGGACUCAGACUCGCAGUUCGUGUCGGUGGGAAUCAAACACGUGAAGUUCUGGACGCUGGCGGGCGGCGCUCUGAUGUACAGGAAGGGCGUAGUGGGCACGGUGGAGGACGCACGCAUGCAGACCAUGCUGUCCGUCGCAUUCGGGGCUGUUUGA